UUGGCCCCUAAAAUGUCUUGAAACGGCCCUGGGUGUGUGACUGAGUUUUGAAGGUGAUCUGAAUUGUAUCAGAUGUAUAAAUAUGACAUGUGUAUAACUUAUUGUUUUAUACAGGUAAAAACGUGUAGUGGAGAUAAAUCUACCUACAUUUUACUUUGUUUUGUUUUCUUGUUUUUAUUGAACUAUUUCCUGUCCUGUCUGUCUCUCAUCUUCCUGCAUCUCCUCUAAACUCUCCAGAAAAUCUGCUGCCUGGAUUCUUACUGUUUCACCUCAUCAGUUACUUCUGAGCAGAUCAAAGGGAUCUCCUGACCGCAAAGCGGAGAGCGCGUUUCGAUGCUGCGUCAGUGAGGUGACAUCACCGCAGCACAGGUGUACGGCAGAAGAAGGAAGCACAAUAACACCUGUGAGAUGCUCUGAUGAAACCGACAGCAAACACAUUAAGAUGUUCAGCGGUUGAUGCUGAUUUAAAAAGCAGCUCCUGAACAACUGAGGUCUGGUGUUAACCAGAAGGAUCUGGAGCCCCUCAACACGACUGAAGAAAUGUGGGAGCAGCUUAAUGAGAUGGAGACUGAUGCCACCAGGACUUCAUUCCCUGCAGUUUCUUGCCAGUUUGAGGAAGGAAAAGUUCAGUUGCCACAGUUUGAUCAGCCCCAACCUAAAGACAGAAAUCUUUCAGCCAGCAGCACCACUGACCAGAUGAAAGCAGCAAGUGGUAGAGAGGACUGUGGAGGAGCAGAAAGUACCAGGAGUCCAGAUCUAAAUCCUUAUGAAGAUGAUUCCCACUCUUCAGAGACUGAAGACAGUGAGGAUGAAGAUGACCAGAAUGGGAACAAUUCUUACUGUAAACUGAAACUCUUCUCAGCCUCUGAGCCUAAAACUAAAGACAGUGACAAAGACCAGAAUGAGAGCAGGUCUUCUAAAUCAGAUGUUAAGGCGGUCAAGUCUUUUCACUGCCCUGAACGUGGUAAAGAAUUUCUCCAUAAGCGGUCUCUCCAGAAACAUGUAAGAGUGACAAGUCAUUCAGGAAUGAAGUCUUCUGGCUGUGGGGUUAAUAAGAAAUGUGUCAAAGUGAAGAAAAAUGUAGAGCUCUCUGGACAAAGAUUUGGCCAAAAGGAAAAGUUAAACACAUACACGAGAAUCCUCACAGGAGAUAAGCCGUUUUUUUGUGACCUCUGUGGGAAUAGAUUUAGUGACAAGGGACAUUUAAACAGACACAUGAGAGUCCACACAGGAGAUAAGCCUUUUGCUUGUGAGCUCUGUGAACAAAGAUUUAGCCAAAAGAGUAGUUUAAAAACACACAUGAGAGGCCACACAGGAGAAAAGCCUUUUGCUUGUGAGGUCUGUGGGAAUAGAUUUAGUGAAAAGGGGCAUUUAAACGCACACAUGAGAGUCCACACAGGAGAGAAGCCUUUUGUUUGUGAGCUCUGUGGUAAAAGAUUUAGUGAAAAGGGAAGUUUAAACAGACACAUGAGAGUCCACACAAGAGAGAAGUCUUUUGCUUGUGAGCUAUGUGGACAAAGAUUUAGCCAAAAGGGUAGUUUAAAUGCACACAUGAGAGUCCACACAGGAGAGAAGCCCUUUGCUUGUGAGCUCUGUGAGAAUAGAUUUAGCAAAAGGGGUAGUUUAAAAAUACACAUGAGAGUCCACACAGGAGAGAAGCCUUUUGCUUGUGAGCUCUGUGGGAAUAGAUUUAGUGAAAAGGGAAAUUUAAGCACACACAUGAGAGUCCACACAGGAGAAAAGCCUUAUACUUGUGAGCUCUGUGGGAAAAGAUUUGGUGAAAAGGUAAGUUUAAAGACACACAUGAGAGUCCACACAGGAGAGAAGCCUUUUGCUUGUGAGCUCUGUGGGAAUAAAUUUAGUGAAAAAGGAAAUUUAAAGACACACAUGAGAGUCCACACAGGAGAGAAGCCUUUUAUUUGUGAGAUCUGUGGACAAAGAUUUAGCCAAAAGAGUAGUUUAAACAGCCACUCGAGAGUCCACACAGGGAACAAAGCAUCCAAUUAAUUACAAGUGUUCCUGUUGUUUUCAUAUUCUUAAUGCCAGUGUUGUACUUCUGUUGGCUGUCCUAUUGAUGCAGAUUACCCUAGAUUAUCAAUAUAAAAUUUUACCAGACUUUAUGUAUUCUUUAUUUAACCAGGAAGAUCCCAUUCAGAUUAAAAACCUAUUUUUCAAGGGUGUCCUGGCCAAGGGGCAGCAAAAGUUAAGUUACAAAAUUUCUGUUACACAGAUGGUUAUAUACACACUUAAAGAAGGCAGUUGUAACACAGGGAAUCUGUCUCAAAAUUUCUCAAUCUGGUUUUAAAUGUAUGAAGGAGUUAGGUUCGGUUAAUUUCCUUCCACCUUCCACAAGAAGAAGCAGAGUGAAUAAACGCCCUUUUGAUACUCUGUAUAAGAAGGGCCAAAGCCACCUCCACCUUCUGAGGAGGCUGAGGUCCUUCGGAGUUAAUUCCCUUCUGCUAAACAAUUUACCGUUCUGUUGUUGGCUUUGUUCAUUCUUUGGUGGCCUGUUGGGGUGCAGGCAGCUAUGACCGAGACAGGACGAGACUGAACAAGCUAGUGCCACUCUGCUUUGCCCACCUGAUUCUGGUGUUGAGGACAAGUGUGAGGGUCAGGGGCGGGGUUAGGGUUGGCUACUUGGGCUUAAGCCCCGGAUGUUUUCUGAAAAGCCCCAAAUCUAGUUUUGACUUUUGAAGAGUAAAAAAACACGCUUAUAAAUUGCAUGCAGUACCAAAGUCCACCAGAGAGGUGCGUAAUGUCGUCCGUUAGUGAAGCGUUCUCAUUUUCUGGGACUGUUUUGUUUUAAAUAUUUUUUCAACCACAAUUCAAAAGCAAGGUUUUAUUUAAAGUCUGAAGAACAAUUAAUUUCCCCAAGUGAUCACCACUCACAAUGCACACGUGCACUAAAAACCUUGUUGUAAUUAUUAUACUUUAAGAUGCCAGCACUGUUUAUUGUGCUUUCUUUUAUGCUGUGAUUUUUCCUUUUUCUUUACUGGUGUAAAUAUUAGGAGCAGAACCUUUACAGUUUCAUUGUGCUGGCACCACUUCCUGUUCUUGGGCAAUGACAGUUGAGCUUUCUAGUUCUAAUUAGUUUGCAUAUUAUAAUUAAGGUAUUUUCUAUUUCCUAUAUUUUGAGUUUAGAAUUAUUUCAGUGUAGCGUAGCUCAUGAAAUGUAAUGUGAUGUGUGAGAUGUAAUGGAAGCUACAUGUUUUAGCAAAACCGUUCUUUGUAUCUGAAGUCUGAGUUGUAAAAGUAAAUGGGCUGGUUGUUCAGGAUCUAGAGAGUUGUUUAUAAAAUCACCCGGCGCAAUCUGUUGAGCCUACGAUGCCCUUUUGUGGAGAUCCCCUUUCUGAUCCACGGAGUCACAAGGUUGGGAUGGACAUGGACCUCAAGGUACCAGGAUCCGUAGAUUAGCUCCAAUACGACCCGUCUAGUCUUGAGAUAUCUCCAGGGCCCAGUUUUUAAAAUGUAAGCCACUAGGAUUUUUGAUAAAGGUUUGGAUCAAGUCUUGAAAAUGGGUUUUUCAAAAGAAAAAACAGAUUACAUAAUCAGAUUAGAUCACGUAAUCCAAUCUUGGUUUUGAUUCAGGUCAAACCUUUAGUUAGGGUUUUUCAGACCUCUUUUGUAUGUAUCUCUAUCUAUCCAUCCAUCUAUCUAUAUAGAUAUAUAUAAAAAAAUAAAUAUAUAUUUAAAUUUUUUAUUUUAUUUUAUUUUUUUAAUAGCGACAAUAGUUGUCAAGCCAAGCUUGGAUUUUUUUCAGAGUAGGAACCAUCUUCAGCAGAAGGGGUUCCUCAGGGAACAAUAAAGGUGAUGCACCACUCUGAGAGGUAACUACCUGAGAGCAUGGUGUUCUGAGUCAGCCAUUCAGAAUGUUAAGAACUAAAUAUCAGAGAGGCAGCCGGUAAGAUACAUUUAUAACACAUGCUGGUUGUGUAUGGACUUUGCUGCUGGUUAAAUAAGAAACUGUUGACCUGAUUGUUUAUUUGCUUAGGCGUGGUCCAAACAAUUGAGAUUCUGGGUGAUUUGUUUGGUUUCACCAUAAUAUUGGUGUUAUUUGCCAAGUAGUGAGAUAAUUACUUUGUUUAUUUAUAGAGUCAGAAAAUGCUUGUAGCAAAUUGCAAAACUGUAAAACUAAUUUAAGGGUAUAUGUUUGCUUGUUUGAAGGUUUUUCACCUGACCUGACCCGAGCUGACAUGCUGAAAAAUAAACAUAAAAGCAAAAAGUA